UGUUUAACUUUUAUUUCGAAAAAUUCAAUGCAGUUAGUUUAGUUAGUCGCUUUCUAGUGUCAGUUUGGUUGGCGGCUCAAGUUUAGUACUAUAAACUAGUAGAGAAUCCCAUACGCAGCUUUCGUAAAAUUCUGACGUCCCUAAUCAGCGCUUUAAAAUGCUGCGGUUAGCUGUAAUUGAAUUUCUGUUGUGGUUAAUUGAUAUUUUAUAGAAUAUAUGCUAUCUCGCCCUCAACCCUAACUGCCCUCCAACGCUUUCAAUUUAAGAUAAGGCCGCCGAAAACGUUUGCCCCUCGCACAUGCCGACACACACAUGUCUAUCUGAUUGACUAGUGCCUAGAGAACGCCACCGCCACCGCCACAACAAUUAGUAGACACAUUGCCUAGCUCAUGUAACGUACACCGCAAUUAUUGUCUGGCUGUCAAACGGUACGCCUGUCUAUUUCCAAGUCUGUCAACUAUACGGCACAACUGAUUGUGAGCUGAGUGAAAUAAACCAAAUUGUCUGUCUACGCAUAAGCACACGUAACUGACGGACAGUCGGUGUGUGCACUACAUGAUUGCAGCAAAGCAAAGCAGCAACAACAGCAGUGCACAAGCACAAUUUGCCAUCAAUUACACAUUUGCAAUCGCCUACUUGUUGUCUACGUGCUCUACCGUGUCGCCUUACAUAUGCACGUGAGCGUAUGAACCGUUGUGUCAGUGUAAAUGUCUAACCCAUCAACAAUGGCUCAGCGAGUGUCAUUGUUAAAACAGUUAGAGUCGCCGCCGCUGUCGCUGUUGCUGCUUUUGCUGUGGUUCACCAACAGCUGUUGCAAUCGGGCGCUGGCAUUUGCGGUAUUACCGGAGAAUGUGGUUGGUGUUGGCGCCGGUAUGCCAGCGAAUGAUAUUGUUGUUGGCGAUGUCGCUCUGCUGUUGACGCGCGUUGAAAAUGAUUGCUUUGAGACAUUUUUGCAGGAGAGUCGAAAUGCGAGCAACACCUAUGCGUCGGCAUAUCGGGAAUGCCAAAUGUUGGGCAGUCGGAAGCGCAUGGAAUUUGUGAGUGCGGAAUGGUCAACGCGAGAGGAUAUGACGGAGCAAGUGACCGAGUUGUGUACGAAUAUUUGUGAUUGUGCACAAAUUGCGGGUGAUAUGGAGUUCUUUCAAUGCAGCGCCCAACAUUCCCUUAGAGGUGUGAACACAAUGCAGCAAGUAUACCUGAAUUCCACCGCCGCCAUUGUGGAAUUGGAACACAAAUAUGAAGAAGCGGAAAAGCAGAUUCUUCUUUGUAUUAUCGAGGCCGAGCAGAAAUAUGUGGAUUCAUCUAGUAAAGCGUUUCUAAAGCUGUCGAAAUGUCUGAAAGCCACUUGA